AUGUCAUCGACGCUGUUCCAGAAUCUGUUGCUCCCCAAUGGAGUUGCCUAUGAACAACCCUUAGGUUUGUUCAUUGAUAAUGUGUUUGUCUUGCCAGCGGAGCCCAGUUUGAUACCUGUGGAAAAUCCGGCGACGGGGAAAGAUAUAAUCAGUGUUCAUGCCGCCUCUGGGAUUGAUGUCAACAAAGCUGUCGCUGCAGCUCGUCAGGCGUUCCGUGGAGAGUGGAGGUCUCUGAGCGCUACUGACCGAGGGUCUUUGCUUUUCAAACUGGCCAAUCUUAUCCAUCGUGACCAGAAAUUAAUAGCGGCCAUUGACUCCAUGGAUAAUGGGAAGACCUACAAUGAAGCCUUGACAAUCGACCUUGAUGAGGCGUACAAUGUCUUCAAGUAUUAUGCUGGUUGGGCAGACAAGAUAUACGGGCGUACUAUUGAGAUAGCGCCGUCUAAGUUGGCAUAUACGUUGCAAGAGCCUCUCGGUGUCUGCGGUCAGAUCAUCCCGUGGAAUUAUCCAUUCAUGAUGCUCGCCUGGAAGGUUGCACCAGCACUUGCCUGUGGCAACACUGUGGUCUUGAAGUCUGCAGAGCAGACUCCAUUGUCAGCACUCUAUUUCGGAAAAUUGGUUCAAGAAGCUGGGUUUCCCAAAGGAGUAGUCAAUAUAAUCUCUGGCUUGGGAAGCAUAGCUGGCAGUGCAUUGGCUAUGCACAUGGAUGUUGAUAAGAUUGCUUUCACGGGAAGCACAGCUACUGGCCGGCUCAUCAUGAAGGCAGCUACUUCGAAUCUGAAAAACAUUACACUGGAAUGCGGCGGGAAAAGUCCAAGCAUCGUUUUCGAAGACGCCAAGCUGGAGCAAGCAGUCAAAUGGUCGCACGCGGGAAUCAUGGGCAAUCAAGGGCAGGUCUGCACGUCCACAUCGCGCAUCUAUGUGCAAGAAUCGAUUUAUGACAAGUUCGUUGAGCUUUUCGUAAAACUGACGCAAGAAUCAGCAAAGCUUGGAGAUCCUUUUGCAGGAGAGACUAUUCAAGGCCCUCAGGUAUCCGCUGCUCAGCUCGAUAAAAUUCUUCAAUACAUUGAGGAAGGCAAGCGUGAAGGGGCCCAUCUUGCUACUGGAGGUGUUCGGCACUCCUCGGAAGGCUAUUUCAUUGAGCCAACAGUUUUUACUAAUACUCAUGAGGAAAUGAAGAUCGUCAAGGAAGAGAUCUUCGGGCCCGUUGUAACCAUCAGCAAAUUCAGUGACGCAGCGGACGCGCUCAAGAAGGCUAAUGAUACCUCUUACGGUUUGGCUGCCGCAAUCUUCACAUCGGAUAUUGAGAACGGCCUUGCUAUCGCUUCAAAGGUUGAAGCUGGCAUGGUGUGGAUCAACUCUUCCAACGACUCGCAUUUUGGUAUUCCUUUCGGUGGCUAUAAGUCUUCUGGAAUCGGUCGCGAGUUGGGACCUUACGCUCUUGAUGCGUAUACACAGACGAAAGCAGUCCAUGUCAAUCUAGGAAACACUUUGUAG